UAAUAUAUAAUUAGAAUAUUUUCGUCACGCUGACCAACUUAAGUUCAUAACAAGCACGUGGCCUGAAAACUAUUCCAAGAUUCUACAAUCAAAAUGGGCAGACCCAAGGCCAAGAAUCCCAAGGCCAAACGAUUAGCUUUAAAGAAAGGUUUGGCAGUGGAGACACGAGAGUCGAAAUUUUCCAUUGAUCAAAUCUUGGAAAAGGCUCAAGAGAACUUGGACCAAUAUGACUACGAAAUGGCUCAAAAGUUCUGCCAACGGGCGCUGGAAAUGAAUCCGGAUCACGCCAAAGCCCUGGAGCUCACAUCCACUUUGUUGCUCGAGGCUGGAGAAGUGGAGGAUGCCAAGCAUUGCCUGGGUCGAGCUAUAACUGUCCAGCCAGAUGAGGGCUUUUCUAAAUAUUUCUCCAUGGCCCAAUUAUUGGGCGGACAAGAGGCGUUAGAGUUGUACAGGAAGGGCAUCGAGGUUCUCACCCAAGCCCGUGAUAAGGCCACAGAAGAGGCUGAGGCCAAAGAUCUGACCCGUGAUCUAUCCAAUGCUUAUUGCUCCAUGGCUGAACUUUUCAUGACGGACCUGUGCGAUGAAACCGAAGCCGAAGAAGACACCCUCAGAUGCAUUCGUAGCGCCUUGGACGUAGAUAAACGCAAUCCUGAAGCCUUUCAGACCAAAGCGCGUUAUCUACUUGUCAGAGAAAAGUUUGAAGAAGCGAAGGACACCAUGAAGCAAAGCCUUGAACUCUGGUUGCCCGCCUACCAAGGCGUGUUGGAAAACAAAUUGGAGGUCGUGGACUUUGAUCCGGUGGAAGUGUGCUCAUUACUCUACACAACCCGCAUUGGAACUUCGAAAAUGCUGAUUGAAAUGGAAAUGUGGGAAGAGGCUAUUCAAGUCUUAGAGGGACUUUUGGAAGAAGAUGACUCAUGUGUCGAGACUUGGUACCUUUUGGGUUGGUUGAAUAAACUCCGAGCAAUGUUACCGGAUGGAGAGGUUGGUUACAAUGCAAAUGCUCGGUUUUAUUUGCAAAAGGCCAAAAAAGUCCACACCAUGAAUCCCACACAAGAUGCCGAUAUGAUAAGUCAUAUCGACGAGAUCCUGGUUGAGCUUGGACCCAAUCCCAAUCCGGAUGAAGAUGAGGAUGAUGAAGCAGAAAAUUGGGAAGACGUAGAGAGCUCCUCAGAUGAGGAAGAUGAAGUGGCAAAUAUGGAAUCAUAAAAAUGUUGAAGUAAACCUUUUUACGAAAAGUCUAUUCAGAUAUCAAUUUUUAGCAAUAUUACAAAUAAAAUUAUUAUAUUCUUUCAUUUUAA